AUGGCCGCGUUGGUUCAAACAUAUACAAAAGAGACGGCACCAAUCACGAUGUUUCAGACUCGACCUACUUCGGCCACCGGCCGGAUGCCAUCUGGCCAGCAGACUCACCAGUACUCAGGAUCCAUGGCACAAUCACCGAGAACAGCGACCCAGUUUGGUGCUACACCUGGCUACCGUGGCUCAACCCCGAUUCAACAAUAUGCCUUCACGAGCACCCCGAGUUUAAAUCAGAGUAAUCAGAGGCAAGGGCAGAAAGGGAGCACAUCUCCGGCACCACAGGCCUCGCCUGCUCCACGUUCUCCUUCAUCCAGUGUAUCUGCUGGAUCGACAGGCAAACCUGCCCCGGAGCGGUACAGGAGAAACAGCGCCCAGGCAAGCAGCAAUAAUCACGGUCGAUCCCAAAGCGCCACGUUGCCAUCGACAGCGAACCUCCCCAAUACUUCUCAAUUCUACGGAGUAUCAAACAAUUCGAAGACCGCGUUGCCCAAUCGCCCUGCAAGUUUCUACGCAACCAUUCCUGGUGGUUCAAUGGAUGACAUGCAUCUCCAUCAGCCAUCCCAAGAUGCGAAAACUAUGCGCCGACGAAGUAUCCAGAGUCUGGAGUCGCUGACUGCGUUCAAGCCACCGUCAUCGGAGCCGGUGAAGGUUGUUAAGGAUGCGAAGACUCUCCGUCCUUCCUUGCCAAAUACUUCAGUUCACUCUCGCAGCGGAAGCUCAGAGAGCGUCGGUUCUAGCCGUAGCACCCACUCUCGUCCUUCUUCUGCAAGUCGAACAUCCGCCAACCACACAAGCAACACCUCUUCGACACCAACCGAAGAGACGUCGAAGCAAGAACAGCCCAAGUUGGCAACUGCUCCUACCCGAGGAAGCUACUCAGAUGCUCUCAAGCGUGGCCACAACCCCUCACCUUUAUCGCGACCGGUCACUAUGUCUGGCGAAGCUGCCGAGAAGUCAGCUGCUCCAACCAGCAACUUGGACAGCCCUGCAGCGAAACAGCUGGCAGCAAUUAACCAGAAGGGCGCAAAGGGCAAGAGCAAGACCUCCAAGUUGCGGCGAGCAUUUUCCUUUGGUAGUGCCUCCGAAUUACGAAAAGUUGAGGAGGAGAACAACGAGAAGAAGGAAGCAGCUAGCAAAAUGCAGAAGAAACAAACCCCUGAGGAAGCGUACGAGUCUGAGCAGGCCCGGAUCGCAGAAGCCCAGGAGGCUGGCGGCAUUGGAAACAGCAUCUACGGCGGUCGUUUCUUUGGAUCCACAGAUAAUCUCUCGAUAUCCUCCACAGCUUCUUCGGCUUCCAUCAUGAUCCGCAAGAUGGGAAGGGGGAUGAAGAAGGGCACCCGCUCACUUGCCGGCCUCUUCCGCCCUAAGUCUGUCAUUGGUGUACCACCUCCUGAGCCCCUGGCCCCCGAGACGAGUCAGACAGCUGUCUCCAUGGUCACCGUUGAAGCCGAGACGCAACGUGUCAACGUAUCUGCUGAGCCCAAGACUUCAGAUAACUUCCCUCAUCUUGAGCGAAACUCGUUAGACGCUUCUCAGAUCCCUGACAUGGUGAAUGAGAGAUUGGGCAGCUCGGGAACUGACAAUUCGAAUUCCCGAAAGAGUAUUGUGGGAGGCGACAAGGAGCGAGCUGAGGCCCUUGCUGCUGUGCGCAAGGGUAUCUUGAAGCGAUCUGGAAGCCCAAACAAUCGUGGUGCUGAGUCUGGACUUGAACUCCCCAAUGUCCCAGCUGUGUCUGAUUCGCCAAAUUCAAGUGCUCCUAGCACACCAAACGAUGACCAAGGCCAUCGCAGAACCGGCUCGAUUGCUUUAGGAAAUGAGGACUAUUUCAUGACUGCUCUUCGCCUUCGUCAGGACACUAAGACCGCACCUCCCACUCCUCACGCGAAGCGCAAUGCCACAUUCUCUCCUCGCCUCAUCUUUCAUGAUACCUGGCCACCACAAGAGUAUGAUAGACGAGGUGAGAUUGCUACUUGCAAUCGUCUCACGCCUAUGCUAGCUCAGCAGAUCAAGGAAGAGCUCAAUACCUUCAAAAUGGAGAUGGAAGUCCAUGAGACCUCGAAGAUCUACACUCACUUCUUCUAA